CUAGGAGAUCUUAACAAUAAGAGAGAGAGGUUGCCCAAAUUUGGAAUCUGUUGUCUUAGCUGAGUAGUAGAGCCCUUAAGUUUCAUUAGUAAAGUAUUUGACCACUAAGCGAGUAUUUGUAUUCUCAUGCAAGCUGAAUGACAAUAAUGUAUUUGAUGCUAACCAGCUUGGUUCCUGCAAAAUGCCUAUUUCAGUAUGCGUGCCGCUUUAUCAGUCCUUUAGAUGACCUGAUGCGGUUACGUUUCAUUUGUGUGUAUAAAGGAGAUGAAAAUUCGAAGAAUAUACCUCUCGAUAUUGGAAGAGAGGUAGGUUUUGCCGAGCUUUACCAUAUUUUGUUUACUGCACAAGCCAUUUCGGCCCUUCCUUUAACCAUACUUUGAAACUAGGCUCGGCCAAACUAAAUUUGGUGUGAACAUGAGCUGCAUUGUUGCACUCACUGGAUUGGAAACAGAGGGUUGAUCAACAGUUACGCUUUAUUUGCACAAUCCAAGAGUUCACUAUUGCAACCGUUAGAUACCCAAAGUAAACACAACGCCAAUUCCACGAUGGGCUUCAAGAAGCUCAGUAAAAUCCAGGCGAUCACUUUGCCUAUGAUUUUGACUCCUCCGCACAAAGAUCUGGUUGCUCAGGCCCAUAAUGGUUCCGGGAAGACGACCUGUUUCGUGCUUGGUAUGCUCAGCCGUGUUGAUCCCGAUGUGAAAGCUCCUCGGGCUCUCUGCAUCUGUCCCACAGAGUUGGCUAUUCAGAAUAUGGAGGUUUUUCAGAAGAUGGGGAAAUACACUGGGAUUACUUCGGAGUGUGCCGUCCCUUCAGAUAGGGAGAGGAAUGCACCUUCGCCUAAUUUCCGGGUGCCAGUUACGGCACAAAUUGUGAUUGGAACUCCUGGUACUAUCAGGAGAUGGAUGUCGAUGAAAAAGCUGGGUGUAAGCCGCGUGAAGGUCCUUGUUUUCGAUGAGGCUGAUCACAUGCUGGCUGAGGAUGGCUUCCAAGAUGAUUCCUUAAGGAUAAAGAGGGACACAGAAAAAGUUAUCCCUAACUGCCAGGUUAUUCUGUUUUCAGCUACAUUUAAUGAAAGAGUCACAAAUUUUGUCUCAAGCGUUGUGAAAUGUGGUAACAAGCAACUUUUUGUCAAGAAAGAAGAGCUAUCUUUGGAGGGUGUUAAGCAGUACAAGGUGUACUGUCCUGAUGAACUGAGCAAGAUUGAGGUUAUCAAGACCAAAAUUUUUGACCUGGGAGAAAAAUUAGGACAGAGGAUUAUAUUUGUUCGGACAAAAAAUAGCGCAAGAAUGUUGUAUCAACAACUUUCUGAUGAUGGUUAUGCUGUUACUGCUAUUCAAGGUGCCCUCAACACCGAAGACAGAGACAAAAUAAUCAAAGAGUUUAAAGAUGGUUUAACCCAAGUUCUCAUAUCAACUGAUGUACUUGCCAGAGGCUUUGACCAACAGCAGGUUAACUGUGUUGUUAAUUAUGAUCUUCCGGUCAAAUUUUCACCUGAUCCCCGGUCACAACCUGUAGAACCUGAUUAUGAGGUGUACCUGCAUAGAAUUGGGAGGGCAGGGCGUUUUGGUCGCAAGGGAGCUGUGUUUAACGUGAUUUGCGAUGAUAAUGACGAGUUGGUCAUGUCAAAAAUUGGGCAGUAUUUUGACAUCAAAGUACCAGUGGUUAAAAAUACUGAUGAGGCUUUUGAAGGGGCUCUUAAAACAGCUGGCUUACUGUAAGUCCAUAAUGACCUAUACAGUUUUCAGUGCAACCAGUUUUGGGGCUAAUAGAAUAGUUGGCGACAACGCAGCAGAGAGCAUUUGUCAGAUCUUGCAAAGAUUUUGUUUUGUAAUUCUCAUUUGAUUAUAUUUAUAGAUCUGUGGGGAUUUGAUGGGUUUGUUGUCUAGUUCUGUAAAUGUUACCCUUGCAUAACAAAACAGGGCGAAGAUCUUUAAAUUAUCCAUUAUUGUGCCGUAUGGGUUAUGACUGUACCUGUCUGCCUCUCUGGUUCUGUUGAUUUCUAAAUCAUCAUUAUUGAUUUGCUGUGCCA